AACAGGGCAUCAUGGAAACGUGGCUAGUGAUCGGUGUAUCGGGCGUAACGAACGGUGGCAAAACGACGCUCGCCAAGUCCCUGGAGACGUACUUUGCGUCGCAGCAAAAUAAAGGCUUUUUUAAGGAGAACCUCACCCUCAACAAGGUGGUUAGUUUGUGCCAGGAUGACUACUUUCUGCCGGUGGACAGCCCGAAGCAUACGGUGAUCGAGAAGCUGAAUCACAUCAACUGGGAGAUCCUCUCCUCGAUCGACAUGGAACGGAUGUGCCUGGAUAUCAUGAAAAUCCUCGGUCACAAAUUUAUCCUGUACAACUGCCACCAGCUACGUCAGAGCGCCGACGAGGGCACCGUUGUCGGGGGCGAGCAGUCCGUCGAUUCGAUGGUAGAGGAUGAGGAGGAUAACAUUUUUGCCGACCAUUUCCUGAGCAACUUCCUCAGCAAGUACGACGAAAACGGUGGCGGCAGGACGACGAAUUUAAUUAAAAAAUCAAAGAACGAAUCAUACCAAAAUAUGAACAUCAAACUGAACAUUUUACUGCUGGAAGGGUUCCUCAUUUUCAAUAACCCUUUCACGCUGGACCUGUGUAGCAUUAAGUUCCAUAUCCACCUGCCGUACGAACGGUGCUACGCACGGCGGUUGCAACGCGUUUAUGAUCCGCCGGACGUAGUCGGUUACUUCGAGAUGUGCGUAUGGCCGAUGUACGAGAAGCAUUUCCAAGAAUUUAAGGACCGCAAGGACAUCUACAUCCUGAACGGUGAGAUACCGCAGGAGAACAUUUUCAACUACGUGCUAAACUGCGUAAAAGACUUACUGUAAGCGGAGGGGAUUUGGUUUCGAUAGGGUUAGCGUUUAAGUUUAACCAUAAUUAAUCAGUACAACAACUACGAUCAUUGUAAACGAUUCCACUAACGGGUUCCUGCAAGUUCCUUACAUUGUAAACCGUCAAGAUAGGACGUCCUGGUGUUUAUUGUUUUGAUAAACAUUCGUAAAAUAAGAAAGCUCGUAUGACUAAAUACGUUACCGA